GAGGAGGAGAGGUGGGGGGGAAAAAUAACGCUGUCUGGACAUGCGGUUGUACCAACAGAAUAACUUCUCUGAAACAACCUUGACAGGGACAGCUUGAAAGAGUAUGGAUGUGAUUGACUGCAAUGGCCGAUCUUUCAUAUCAGGUGGAGACUCUUCAAUGGAAAGAGAGUUUUCUGGCUCCCUUGGAGGUCCAACAGUGAGCACACCCAACAGCAAAGAGAACUCUCCAAGUCGCUCCCUAAGUGCGAACUCUAUUAAAGUGGAGUUGUACAGUGAUGAAGACCGAUGUUGCACUACAGAGGAUGAAAAAGGAGAACGAGUAGAGGAGCCAGGUGCAGAGCAGGUAACUGAGACUGCUGGAGGCUACAGGGAGCUUUCCAGUGUGGAGCCAAUUCCAACAGGAUCCACCAGACUGCCAAAUGGAAAGCUCAAGUGUGACAUCUGUGGAAUGAUCUGCAUUGGGCCUAAUGUGCUCAUGGUGCACAAGCGCAGUCAUACAGGUGAACGACCAUUCCAGUGUAUUCAGUGUGGCGCCUCCUUCACUCAAAAGGGUAACCUGCUCCGCCAUAUAAAGUUGCACUCGGGAGAGAAGCCCUUUAAAUGUCCAUUCUGCAGCUAUGCCUGCCGAAGGCGAGAUGCGCUUAGUGGUCAUCUUCGCACUCAUGCAGUGUCCUCUCCUAGUGUAGGCAAACCCUAUAAGUGCAGUUACUGUGGCCGUAGUUACAAGCAGCAGAUCACCUUGGAGGAGCACCGUGAGCGCUGCCAUAGCUACUUACAGAGCCUGGAGUCACAGCCGCUAGCAAGCACGCAGAAUUCAGGAGAGGAGAUGAGAGAGCUAGAGUUUAUACCAGACUCUCUACUGCAACCCUCCUCAGACAAGAUGGCUUUUAUCGAUCGGUUUACCAACAGCGUCACCAAACGCAAGAGAUCCACACCACAGAAAUUUGUAGGACAGAAGCACAUGCGCCUCAGCCUUGCAGAUGCACCUUAUGAGCUCAGUGCUGGUGGAGAAAAAGAUGGAGUCAUGCACCAUGUAGACCUUGGAACCCCACACUUUACCAGUCUUGAAGGAGAUUACGCAGGUUGUGGAGGAGGGGUAUCAGAUACAGUGAGACCGCUACAGCUUCCCAAUGCACACGCUUCAUGUUUAUCAGAACUCAAUCCAAUGAUCAGCUCUGCUCACACUUCUGUUGGUCUUGGUUUGAGGAUGGAGUGCACAGGGACUGGAGUUGGGUUGGGUUCUGUUGGUGUCGGAAGCAGGGAGGCAGCAGAGAGCCAUGAGGACUUACCUGGGGGUCGAAGUCAUGUGGCCUCACCAAGUAACGGCUGUCAGGAUUCUACAGACACAGAGAGUAUGCUAGAUGAACCGUGCAACAGUACUGUUCCAGCUCUAUACAGCAACAGUACCAGCAACCAUCAUCUCCUGCCCUCCAGCAACCACAAACCAGCGCCUCCUGCUGUUGUGCACCACAGGAGUAGGGACAGGCACAGCCCCAGCCACGCCAAAGACAGGGAGGAAGGGGGCCACUCAGCCCCCCCACCUCCUGCAAUUGUUCCAAUACCCGGGUCUCCUACAGCUCCCUCCUCUACAUCCAGAGAGGCUUUUCGAGUUGUAGACGGAGAAGGGCGAGCUGUGCGUUCUUUCCGAUGCGAGCACUGUCGCGUGCUUUUCCUGGACCACGUCAUGUUUACCAUCCACAUGGGCUGCCACGGUUUUCGUCAGCCUUUCGAGUGUAACAUCUGUGGCCACCGCAGCCAGGACCGCUAUGAAUUCUCCUCACACAUUGUCCGUGGAGAGCAUGUUGUUGACUGAGAAUGAAGCUUCACCAACAGCUUUGGUUUUACACUGAAGGCAAGAUCUGACUGGGUUUGGUCUGUACAGGAACUAAAGUAUGUGAAAGCAACAAUAUUUCAAGUUGGUACAGUUACUAUGUACCACCAUUAAGAUAGACAUCGAAUUUGUAUUUUAAAUAUUCUGAAGGUUUUCCCAAUCAUUUUAAAUGCACUUUGAAGAAUAAAUUAAAAAUGCACUUUCAAUUAAUUGUAGACAGUUAGUGGAUUUUUUUAUCCUCAAAUGUGCCUUGCUCCAGUUUUAAGAUUCAAACUUGAUGCACAGCACGUGUUUUAAAGGAAUCAGAUUUAGUCCCUGGGGGCUUUUUUCACCCACUUCAGAGAUUUAAAAAGAAUUCCUUACGUGAAUAUCUGAUAGGCUCAGCUAGAAAGAAAUCUGGAGAGAUUUUGAUACAUGGUUACGAAAUAUAUUUCCAAAUGUACCUUAAGUUCUGGAAAGAUUUUUAAUUUUAUUUUUUGGUCCAUGUGGGAUUGAUGGGGCACAAGAUUUUAAUUUGUCUUCACCUAAAUGAGCAGCAGACCAAACCCGUAAACCAGGUCUAAGUCCAACAAAUAGAUGAGAGGCUGUCAGUGACUUGGUAUAGCACUUUGUGUCAGGGCGAGAUUGAUGGUUCAGUGUGUUUGUGCUUGAAUGAGUUUGAGAUAUUUUAAGUGAAAAAUGAAGGCCUUUGUGUGUGUGAGAGAAACGCAUUUAAUUUUUAUUUUCUAUGAUGGCAUUUGUUGCACUGAUUCCUGCCAGAGUACUAAGAUUACAUUAAACUAUUUUAUAGAACAAACAUGCCCUGUACAUUCUCUCAAUGAGAAAGGUGAAACUAGUAUCACUGCCACAAUUACAGGCACUACUGAAGAGGUUUCUAGAGAUUUCCAAAACUCAACAUGGUUCUCCUACUCUUUAAACCAUCAAACCAGUGGUAUUUAUGCUGUAUUUAAAUGAUUUUGGUGUGUUUAGUUCAUUGUAUUGUGCCUUUUUCAUUCUGACCUUGAAGCAGAUGUUUAACCAAA